GGCUUGAGGUUGACGAUGGGUCACAGUCAUGGUCUUAAGGAGCCAGAAGUGAAGUGACGAGAAACUGGAGGACGAGAUUAAUCAACAAUAAUUGGAGAAAAGUCAGUCUUUGUAAUCAGUUAAGUUAGUAUAUCAGUGAUUCACAUAUAAUAAAGUUAUAAACGCAAUGGCUGGAAUCCUAAUGUGUUAUUUAGACCUCAUAGGAGUGACUUUAGUUACCCUUGUCAUCAUUUAUCAAGGUGUGUUGAUCAAUUAAACCACAAGUCUCUGAAUUAACUGUUGGUAUUUUAAGCACAUUUUACUUUGGAUAAAAAGUUGAUUUUAGACAUUUUAUGUAGAAUAUUCACUGAAAAAUUCUGACAGCAACUAAUUCAUGUUUUAAGACCUUUUUGCUUUUACCUGCCAGUCUAUAAAAAAGUAAAGUAUUUUUAAAGCUCAACCUUUUCAGUCUAGACAUUGGUAAAAAAAAAAAAGUGCAGUGAUUUAGAUAAUGGCUUUAAAGGUUACGCAUAACAUCUCUGCAUGUCUCCUCUGGAUUUCUCUGCUGGAAACCCAGGUUGGUAUUUAUGUGAACAGAUGUUUCUAUUUGCUUCUGUUUUUGUUUUUUGCAAUCUAACUUAUAAAGCCGUGUAAACAGACUGUGUCAUUUCCUGCGCAGACAGUCCUCCUGCCCAGCGUCUUCUCUUCUCUGGAGGAGCGCCAGACGCACUCCACGUCCAUCAGCGCGCGCGCAGUGACGCGGACGCCUCCCGCAGUCACCCUGAAAGAUCAGCCAUUAAUUGCAGACUUGAAGUGAUCAUUUGUCAUCAGCACUUUCCUCAUAUUGGCCUUUUAAAAAGGGGAUCCGGUUGACGUGCAGCUGGAAGCGGAACUCAGAGUCAGCAGCUGGACGCUCCGUUCCAAUCUGCGUAAAAUCGAGAUGUUUUAGAGUUCAGCUGAGCUUUUUGAUUCAACCUAACGACUGCAAUACAUUUUUUUUCUACUUUUCCAUUUAUCAUGGGUGGAGAAUGCAUAUGCUGUGCAUGGAUUUGCAGACCUCUGUGGACACUUUUUAUUCUUCUGGCUGCAACACCUUGUUUCCUGCACUGCUCUGAGAAUCCUGCAGCAGUUGGAGGGAAAAUGUAUCCGAGGGGCAAUCACUGGGCUGUUGGUCAUUUAAUGGGGAAAAAAAGCAUCAAGAGCCUUCCUGAUAUGCAGUCUAAAGCCGUCAGGAUGUCAGAGUUGGACCGGCUUGAUGGAUCCGUGGAUGCUGCAGAACAGACGACGCCUGAGAGGCUGCACCAGCUGCAGAGCAUGAGAGAAGAAUUUGGAACCAAGUACCCCAGAGAGAUGACAAACCUGUUUCUGCUGGCUUUGAAGCUCCAGGAUCACGACUCCUCCUGAAGGCGAGAACAAUGGCAUUCAAGAUUUGUGAUAACCCAUGUGUGGGGUUUCUGCUGUAUAAAAGGAGAAAAUCCGACACGACUGUGAAACUGACUACAGUAAAAUAAACUUAAAGUUGUGACAACA